CUUCCCAUUAUAGCUGUGGGUUGUGGGUUUCCUUGGAAAGUUUCUUGAAUUCGUUAUCUCAUGUUCUACCACAAACACGAUAUUUAUUACUCACUUAGCCCUAUUUUAGUCACCUGUUCUUGUUGUUAUGUCAUUUGCCUCUAACGGAGUGGCGAAUCCAAAGGUUGCGUCUCAAGCAGAAGGGGCAGGAGAAAUUGCGUGCCAAAGUGACGACAAAAUGAUUAAUGUUGUACGAGGAAACAACGUGCGGGCCUACGUGACCGUGGUAGUGUUAUUUAUCAUCAAUCUUUUGAAUUAUAUGGACCGACAGACUGUGGCAGGUAUGGUAUUUGACAUAAGCAAGCAAUUUCUCAGAAAUAACGAAGCUAGAUGGCCUGUCCAACGACUUAGUUUAACUCCUUUACUUAAUUCGCAAGUCUUCAUUGUAGAGGAUAUAAAUAGUUUUUAACAGAGUAUGAAAAAUUAUGGGAGACUAAGAUCUGAUGGGAAGGAAACACGUUUGAAACUAGUAAGGAACUGAAAUGGCUGAUUACGUCCUGGAGGAGUUAUGGAAAAUGAAAUUGUUAAAUGGUUCAAUUCUUAAGUAUUACAUUGUGCAAAAUCCGAAGCUGGCACCAUGAUAUUAGGGGUUUAAAAUUGAGUUUGUUGUUUUUUUUUGUAAAUAAUAGUUUGUUACUGCUUGCAAAGAGUUUGGCUUUACAUAAUGAAUCAUAUUGUUCUAUAGGCCUUCUAGAUGACAUCCAAAGUUAUUUUGAUAUACAAGACAACAAUUCAGCAGCUGGCUUGCUGCAAACUGUCUUCAUCUGUAGUUAUAUGGUUCUUGCUCCAGUGUUUGGUUAUCUUGGAGAUCGUUACAGGAGGAAGUAUCUUAUGGCAGCUGGAAUACUUGUUUGGUCUGGGACUGUUUUUGCCAGCACUAUGCUGAGCAAAGAUGUGAGUACAUCCCCUAAAUAUUUAAUACCCCAGCACUAUUAUAAUCACUAAACAGUUAACAGUUACACACUUAGUAUGUACUUUUUGACUGAGUGGGGGUACCACAGAUAGUAACCAGUUUUUCAUUUUAUUAGUAUUUUUUUUUGGUUGUUAAGCUGUGCGAGUGUAGGGCUGAACAGCUUUUUCUGGACCUGCUUAUGUCAACUUGUCCAGCCCUGCACACGUCAACUUUCAUUAAAUUUUUCUAUGGGAUUGCAUGAGCAAGGCUGCACAGGUUAUAUGAUUAAUUUUGUUAUCCCUGGAUAUUGCUUCUUUUAAGCAUAAAUCCCUAAAGGAUGCAAAGUGACUACAACAGAUACAUUGAGCUUAUUAUUUCAUGUUGGUUUUAAAAAAGAAAAUCACCAAAUGAAUUUGCUCCAAACGUAACUGAUAUCUGUAAUUGAUUUUGAGUCUAAACAACAACAACAACAACAUUUAUUUAUUUUAGCAAUUAAAAUACAUAUCUAACAAUUCCUACCUGCAAAAUAGUGGAGCUAAUUGAGGUGGGAGGGAAACAAGCAUUAAAAUAAAUUCUUCAAUAACAACAUUUUUACACAACUAUAUCUUUUUGUUUGCCACAAGGAUGCACCUUUUGGUAUGAAGACAAAAUGAGAGAAGGCAAAAGUUGUGGAAUUUUUAUCAGUUGCUAUAAAAAUGGUGUGAUAUAUUUCAGGCUGAGAAUUACUCAGCAUAGUUGGUUUUUAGUUUAGUUGUGAAAAUGCUAGUAGAAAUUAUACCAUUUUAGGUCUUCAUUAUGAUACUUGUUGUUUUUAUCUUUUAAGUAUAUAUUUUCAUGCACACUUUCUAAUGGACCCUGCAUUCCUGGGUGUAACAUGCUUAUGUAAAAUGUUGUUGAUGUUGGUAUGGAAAUUAGUUGAAACCAGUGGUAGACAAGCUUUUCUUGAUUACUUUAUCUACAGUCUUUUUGGUGGUUCCUUGUCCUAAGAGGUGUAGUUGGAAUAGGAGAGGCCAGUUAUUCUACAAUAGCACCCACUGUCAUUGCUGAUCUGUUCACUGGAGAUAUGAGGACAAGGAUGUUGUCAUUCUUUUAUUUUGCUAUUCCUGUGGGAAGGUGAGCAAGGAUGAUCAUGAGACCAAGAAAUGAAGCGUUAUUAGUUCUUAAGUGCACAAUAGUACAUGGAGUUAAAAUAUUCUUUAACUAAUAAUUUAAAAUCAAUCAGAUGUAGUUUCCUUUGCACUGAUUUUGCAAGUAAAGAGGAAAUUGCUUUUUGUCACUCCUGAGAGUGAAGAGGUUAAACUAUUCCCCUGCUUUUCUUAAUGGAAACCUUGUAUAUAGCAUUGGUAUUUUUGGGUAAUCUUAGACUCAGUCUCUUGUUUGGCCAUCAGUUUUAGCUGUGCUAUCAUUUAUUUUGAACAUUUGGCAUUACGUUCUUAGGUAUGUAACUUAAUAUUUCAUUUUUCAGUGGGCUUGGUUACAUAGUUGGAACUGAGGUUGCUGCUCUGUUUAACAAUCAGUGGCAAUGGGGACUGCGAGUAAGUUUCUUGAUAAAGUACCGAUAGAAAUUGUGGGAUUGGAGCACACUUUCUCUGUUUAAUGUUGUUAAUUGUGGUAGAUUUUGUGUAGUUUAAUGCAUUUUGACAAGGUUACAUGUAUAUCUAGAUUCUGUCUGUGAAUCAUUUGUUUAAAAGUUGAUUUGGUAGUAACUCUCAUGAUCAAAUUAAAGGCUGUGUUUUGUUUGCAUUUUUUAAAACUACAGCUUUAUUCAUUCCAUUAGAUUUUUUAGCCUGUAAACCUCAGAAGCUCUAUCAAAGACAAACACUGAAAUUGAAAGAAGAGUAAUUGUUAUCACAGGUCAGAAAUCAUACAGUGAGUGGAUAGUUAUACCCAUAUUCUUCCAUUAAAAAAGUUGUUUUAUUUCCAGGUGACCCCCAUCAUAGGUGCAGUGUGUGUUUUCCUGUGCAUAUUUGUAGUUCAUGAACCAAAAAGAGGUGCCAUCGAAAGAGGAGAGAACCCUCAUAGUAGCUCAGCUUCUGAUGUUCAUAACACAACCAGCUGGUGGGCAGACCUCAAGUAUCUUGCAACAGUGUAAGUAACAUGCUAGUUGGUAGUCACCAUGGUGGAUCUGAGAUUUUGUAACACGGUUCACUGUACUUUCUACUCAAAUUGACAAUUUCUCUACAAUUUUUCUUUACCAUUCUUUUCUGAGGAAGACAACUUUCUCACUUGACUGUUAUGAUGGCUGUCAAGUUGUCAAAACAUCAUUCUAUGACUACAACAGGCACCAGACCUUUUCAAGGCCACUCCACCUUGACAAUCAGACUUCACAAUCUGUUGCAUUAUUGUUGUUUCCUUUGAUUUUUUUGUCAUCCUUGCUAUGAGAUUGUUAGGAAGGAAAAGCUUAGGUUCCUGAUGUGAACCUGACUCAAUCAAUCAUUAAGAAAUGCUUAAUAUUGAGAGUUUCUUUUUUUUUUUAUAGGAAAAGCUUUAUAUGGCUGAAUUUGGGAUUUACUUGUGUUUCAUUUGUGACUGGUGCCCUAGCAUUUUGGGCACCAAAAUUCUUGCUCUAUGCAACAAGAGCACAAGGAAUUUCAGAAACAGAACCAGAGUAAGUAUUUCUUUUUUCACAGAGAGGAUAACUGGGUCAGGUUGUUGGUAGGGACUGCAGUGUUAUCAGUUCUGCUAUUCAACAAAAAAGAGAAACUACUUCAACAAAAACAACAAAAAGUCUUGAAGAAAUUAUAUGUGAUCAAUUCAAUCAAUUAGAUUGCUUUGCCAGAACUCAAAUUUUUUUGGGUAAGUUGGCAUUUUUGUGGAAGACACAAGCAACUUCCAUAGAAUAGCUAACAAAAUGUUGUAGCAGCUGUAUUUUCUAAUCUCUCACCUAGAAAAGGAAAAAAGUUAUUGAUAUAAUGAUAUGAAUGUUAUUAAUGAUGUUUUGUUUUAUCUACCAUUUAAGUGUUAGCUUAAAGGUUGGAAUUAUUACCUGUGUCGCUGGUAUUGUAGGAGUUUGGCUUGGCGCAGAGAUUGCUUGGCGGUAUAGAACACGAAAUAGAAAAGCUGAUGCUUUAGUAUGUGCUGUUGCAUUAAUUGGGUCAGCACCUUUCCUCUAUGGUUGUCUUGUGCUAGCAUCUACAAACAUCAAAGUUACAUAUGUAAGUAGAAAUGGUUCAUUAAUGUAACCUUUCGACCCCUAAGAGUGACCAACAUCCAGUUCUCCUUACAGCAUUAUCCCUGGAUCAAACAUUAAUGUCAUGAGAACAAAGGAAAUGAUCACUGUCUUAAGAAGCUCUUGACUGUUUAAAGUCAAGUCCCUGUGGGUAACAAAAAAAUUUACAGAGGACAGUAUGGAGAAUAUGCAUACAACUUUACUUAUAAUAUGUCAGGGCAUUGCAAAGGGUUAAUUCAUUGUUCUUAGAAAUUGUGUUUUCAUAACAUAUUGUUUCUCUUCAAAUACCCAGAUUUGAUAGUCAUGUGUGCCAAGUAAAAUUUUAAUGUCCUGAAUUAUUAUUGAUAGUUAAAUCUUGUUGCAUAAUAAAUUCCAGCCUGUUGUUGAUUAUAAUUUAUGUACAGUGAGUUACUUCCAAUUGUUUUAUUUGUUUGGUUACAGGCCCUUAUAUUCUUCGGUGAAGUUUUACUUUUCAUGAACUGGGCACCAGUAGGGGACAUGGUUUUGGUAAGAUAAAGCCUAGAUAAACUGUGACUUAAUUGAACACCUUCCUGACUUUACUGGAGUUGGGAAAGAAUGUGGCAUCAAUUGUUUCACUAUUAAUGAUACUUCAUUAAGUAGUAAGUUAACCCUUAAAGAAAGUUUUUAAGCAGAGAUACUUGCCUGAAGUCAGUGUACUAAAUUCUAUUCACUACAAGGUGUUGGAAAUACUAUGAAAAUUAUUGUAAAGUUGUCUUAUGGUACAAAUGCUUGUUUUGUUUGUAGUAUAUAAUAAUACCUUCACGUCGAUCCACCGCUGAAGCUGCUCAGAUUCUUGUUUCUCACUUGUUUGGUGAUGCAGGCAGCCCAUGGCUUGUUGGAGAGGUAAGAUAGCUGAAUAGGGAAUGCAAAACUUUAAAUUAAAAUCAUCUUGUUGUUUUUUUUAAUUUCACCUAGGGAAAUGUUUUUUCUUACUUUGAAGUUGGAUCGUAACCUCAACCUUUUAUUGUUUCCACAGAUUUCUGAUCGUAUCAGAGGUGCAGGGAGUAGUGACAAAGAUCGUGCACAAAGCAUGGAAUAUUCUCUUUUGAUGUCAACCUUCAUCAGUGUUAUUGGAGGAUUCUGUUUCAUAAUGUGCUCAAUUUAUCUAGUUGAUGACCGGGAAAAAGCAGAGCAGGUUACCAGAAAUGAAGAUGAGGAUACUAAUUCAUUGUUAAACACAGUCCCCUCAGAUGACUUUCUUCAAGCUGGUCAUGAAAAUGGAGCUGUGGACAAUUGUAGUGAUUACAAUGAUGAUGAUGAUGAUGAUGAACUGUUGGAUGACGAGCCAAUCUCGCCUGCAAUGUCUGAAAGAGAAGCAUUGGUUGUCCCAGUGGAUGUGCAUGGUACACCACCAACAGCUGAGGAAGAACACAACUUCAAAGUUGUCUGA